CUCCUACAGCCCCCUCUGUGGAGCAGCAGAGCCCAACUCCCCAACAGGAUCCAGUUCCAGUGGAGGAAGCGUCAGAGGCAGCGCUGUGGUGUCGGGGACUUCGGUGUGUUUUUCAGUGUCGCAGACCAAUUCAUUUUCAGCACAGGUGGACUCCAUCCUGAGGGGAGACUACCUGUCAUCGAUGGGUGCUGUGGGGCCCAAGAGGCUCUGUCUGGUGUGCGGCGACUUUGCCUCUGGGUAUCACUAUGGCGUGGCGUCCUGCGAGGCCUGCAAAGCUUUCUUCAAGAGGACCAUACAAGGUAACAUCGAGUACAGCUGUCCCGUGAUGAACGAGUGUGAGAUCACCAAGCGGAGGAGGAAAGCCUGUCAGGCCUGCCGCUUCCAGAAAUGUCUCCAGGCUGGGAUGAUGAGGGAGGGAGUUCGUAUGGACCGAGUGAGAGGAGGACGGCAGAAGUACAAGAGGCGGGUGGAGUCUGGACUGAGUUUAUACAGCAGAGCGCCGUACAGUCAUCCUGUCAGCAGCAGAAACAAGGUGAUUUCCCAUUUGCUGCUGACAGAGCCCGCCCCACCGGCUGCCAAUCUGGACGAUUCCACCAAUGACAGCAGCCUGCGGACCCUGCUGACCCUCUGUGACCUCCUGAACCGGGAGCUGCUGGUUCUGAUUGGCUGGGCCAAACAGAUCCCAGGUUUCUCUGGGCUUUCAUUGGUCGACCAGAUGUCACUGCUGCAGAGUGGUUGGAUGGAGGCGCUGCUUGUGGGCGUGGCCUGGCGGUCACAGGGUGCAGCAGGGGAGGAGCUUGUGUUCGCUGGUAACCUGCGGCUGGAUGAGGCUCAGUGUCAAGCCGCGGGAUUGGCUGACCUGUACGAGGCACUGCGUCACCUGACGGCAAAAUACCAGGCGAUGAACCUGAGCCCAGAGGAGGUGGUGACCCUGAAGGCCAUGGCACUCGCUAACUCUGAUGCCGACCCGGUCGACUGUCCAGACUUGGUCCAGAGGUUCCAGGACGGGCUCCACGAGGCCCUGCAGGAGUACGAGUCGUCCCGCAGAGAGCAGCACCGGACAGGCCGUCUGCUGAUGAGCCUCCCCCUGCUGCGGCAGACGGCCGACCGAGCCGUGCAGGCCUUCCUGCGGCUACACCGCCACCGCUGUGUCCCCCUCCACAAACUGCUACUGGAGAUGCUCGACGCCAAGGCCUGAACAUGUGUGAUCACUCUGAGGACCACCUUCAUCAUCAUCAUCAUCAUCAUCAUCAUGAUGAGGACACAGACUUUUAUUGAAAUGUUGAGCUGAACACUGAGACUAUGAGACUAUCCAUGUGGAAGACAUGAAUAUAACAUUUGUCUGACAACUUUAGUUACUUUUCAGGUGACAGUUUUUCAUCCUCUUCCUGUCCA